AUGCUGCGACAUAUCGCAAGGAAAGCGCGUCCUGCCGGCCAACGCACUACAGCGCGCUCUCUUCAGUCACAAGCGUUCGCCGCGGGAGAAAGUCAGGAUGUCAUCGACCAAGUGAUUAUCUCGUCUCCGGACCUACAGAAAGAACGACUAUCGAAGCGAGCGAAACACAGGAUCAUACCAUUUUCCUCGACGACUCACACAUCAUGGAGGACAGGAAAGAACUUCAAACCAAGCAAGAUCGAAUUGGAUGACUCAUUUAUCGGCUUAACGGGUGGAGAGAUUGUCCAGCAAAUGCUCAUUCGGCAUGGUGUGAAGGACUUCUUUGGCUAUCCCGGCGAGACCAUCCUCCCCGUCCUCAACGCACUAGACGCAUCGAAACAGCUCCGGCGAAUUAUACCACAACAUGAGCAGGGCGCCGGACACAUGGCCCAAGGAUAUGCUCGGGUGACCGGAAAGCCAGGAGUCGCUGUCGUGACGAAUGGAUAUGGGGCAACGAAUAUGAUUACGCCGCUGAUGGAUGCUCUGGCAGAUGGGACGCCCAUGGUCGUGCUUUGUGGGCAGGUCCCAACCUACUUGGAGAGUUCAGAGCAGCAAGCAAAUGUCCUCGCAAUGACCCAACCCUGCACGAAGUGGAAUGUCAGCGUGAGAGACGUAUCAGAGCUACCGCGACGUAUCACCGAGGCGUUCCAUAUCGCGACGAGUGGCCGUCCGGGGCCGGUGUUGAUCGAGCUCCCGUUGGAUAUCUCAACCAGAAAAUUGAAAACGUCUCUGCCAAUCACAACUGUCAAUGCGGGUGUUUCAACCCGUGUGGAGGAUACGUUUCGCGAGGUUCGAAGGAUCCAGAUCAUGGAUACGAUUAAGCGGGCGGGUAGCCUUAUUAACAUGGCCAAGAAGCCCGUUCUAUAUGUCGGGUAUGGUGUGCUCGGAUCACCCGAUGGGCCAAGGCUGCUGAAGGAGCUGUCCGAGAAGGCUUCGAUCCCGGUCACGACGAGUCUCCAAGGCCUCGGGGCCUUCGACGAAACUGAUCCAAAAUCUCUCCAUCUGCUUGGACUGCAUGGCUCGGGGUAUGCAAACAUGGCCAUGCAGCAUGCCGACCUAAUUAUUUGCCUGGGUGCACGAUUCGAUGACCGCGUCACUGGAAGUAUCCCUAAAUUCGCGCCCGAGGCCCGACGAGCUGAACAGCAGGGCCGAGGUGGAAUCAUCCAUUUCGAUAUCUCACCGAAGAACAUCAAUAAAGUCGUUGAGGCUACCGUGGCGGUGGAGGGCGACUGCGCGGAGAACCUCGACCUGUUACUUCCGCUUAUCCAACAAGCUCAACGGCCAGAGUGGCAUUCGAAAAUUGAUGAAUGGAAAGCGAAAUACCCGUUCCAAGCGUUUGAACAAGGACGGAAGAACAGCGGUUUAAUCAAGCCCCAGAAGGUCAUUGAGGAGUUGAACGAUUUGAUUGAUCCAAUCAAAGACCGCACGAUCAUUACGACGGGUGUAGGACAACAUCAAAUGUGGACUGCGCAGCAUUUUCGAUGGAAAUAUCCCCGGACUCUGGUGACAUCCGGAGGACUGGGAACGAUGGGUUUCGGACUACCUGCUGCGAUCGGUGCGAAGGUCGGCCGGCCAGACGCUCUCGUCAUCGACAUCGACGGAGAUGCGUCUUUCAGUAUGACUCUAAGUGAGCUCCUGACGGCCAGUCGGUCGAAUAUCGACGUGAAAGCAAUUAUCCUCAAUAACGAAGAGCAGGGCAUGGUGACUAACAUUCAGACGCUUCAUUACGAACGUCGAUUCGCACACAGUCACAAUAAGAACCCGGAUUUUGUUCGAACCGCUCGAGCGAUGGGCGUUCAGGCUGAAAAGUGCACAAAGACUGCUGAUGUCAAAGACAAGCUAAAAUGGCUGUUGGAAACUCGUGGACCUGCGGUGUUGGAGGUGAUGGUCACAAAAAAGGCGCUAACUCUGCCUAUGGUUCCUGCUGGCAAGGGUCUUGAUGAAUUCUUGUUUUACGAAGAUGGUCCGGGCUCUUGA